AAUUCUUUGAUUUCUUCAAUUGAAUCUUAGGUUUUCAUGGCGAAGAAAUGGGAAGUUUUUCAAUAUUGGGAAAGAUCCCAGGGUGACGAUGCGAAAGCGCUCAGGAACCCUGGAGAUCGGCUUCCGCAGCGGAGGUCGGCCAGAGGACUACGAGGGAGAAUACCAGUGUUUUGCCACCAAUGACUUUGGAGUGUCUCUGUCCAACAAAAUCCUGCUCCGGGUCUCCAAGGCUCCUCUGUGGCCUAAGGAGGUGCUGGAGCCAGUAUCUGUGAUUGAAGGCUCCCCACUGGUUCUACCUUGCAACCCCCCACCAGGUCUGCCUCCUCCGUUCACCUUCUGGAUGGACAGCAAUAUGAGUCCAAUCCCUCAGGAUAAACGAGUGUCCAUGGGUCUUAAUGGAGACCUCUACUUCUCCAACGUUUUGGCCCAAGAUGCAAACACAGACUACAGCUGCAAAGCUCGCUUUCUGUUCACACACACCAUCCAGGAGAAGAACCCAUACAAACUCAAAGUUCAGACCAAGGAGCCAUACAAUGACACAUCUUACAAUGCCUCUGAGGCCCACGGUGACCGUAAAGUAGCAGAGUCCACGCCGACCUUCCUCUCACCAUCAGGAAGUGAGAGCUCCAAAAUGGUGCUGCGAGAUGAGCAGCUGCUGCUGGAGUGUAUCGCUGCUGGACUUCCAACACCCAUCAUCAAGUGGUUUAAGAAAGGUGGGGAGCUGCCAGGGCAGAAGGUGAAGUUUGAGAACUUCAACAAGACCCUGAAGAUUGUUAGUGUGUCAGAGGAGGAUGCUGGCGAGUAUGUAUGCAUGGCCAACAAUCAUUUAGGCACCAUACGCCACUCCAUCUUUGUUCAAGUUAAAGCGGCUCCUUACUGGUUAGUCAAGCCAUCAGACCAGGUGCUAGCCCCAGAAGAGACUGGACGCCUGAUAUGCCGGGCCAAUGGCAACCCUAAACCUCACAUUGAGUGGCUUGUCAAUGGGCAGCCUAUAGAGAGCUCUCCCACCAACCCAAACAGACAGGUGCUCGGAGACACCAUCAUCUUUCGCUCUGUGCAGAUUGGAAGCAGCGCCGUGUACCAGUGUAAUGCCUCCAACGAGCAUGGCUAUUUGUUAGCCAACGCCUUUGUCAACGUUCUUGACCUGCCCCCGAGGAUGCUGGGCCCCAAAAACCAGCUAAUAAAAGUCAUUAAGAACAACCGCACCUUCCUAGACUGCCCCUUCUUUGGUUCCCCUUUACCGGAGCUACGCUGGUUUAAGAACGGACAGGGCAGCGGGCUGGAUGGAGGCCAGUACCGUGUUUACAUUAAUGGUACCCUGGAGAUAAAGCGGGCCCAAGCAGAGGACGAGGGAACCUACACCUGUGUGGCCAGCAGCAUCUUGGGAAAAGCUGAAAACCAAGUGCGCCUGGAGGUCAAAGAGCCGACUCGCAUCAUUCAGGCCCCCGAGCACCAGUCAGCCAUCAGGGGCUCCACAGCUCGCUUCACUUGUAGGGUGACGUCUGACCCCAGCCUUCCUGUCAGUGUGGCCUGGAUGAAGGAUGACAAGCCUCUUUACUUGGGAUGGAGGUUGAAGAAGGAUGAUGAGUCCCUGUCGAUCCCCAAUGUGAACGAGGGUGACGAGGGGACGUACACCUGCACUGUUAAAUCUGAGAUAGACCAGCUGUCAGCCUCUGCUCGCCUCACAGUAUUAGAGGUGGCCACUCUCAACCCCUCAGUCUCUAGUGCCUUGCUUCCAGCCCGUCCAGACCCCCCCAUUGAUCUGGAUUUGUCAGACCCAGCAGCACGCAGCGUUCGCCUCACCUGGAUCCCUGGAAAAGACCACAGGAGCCCCAUCACAGAGUUCUUGGUCCAGUUUGAAGAGGACCGCUGGGAGCCGGGUAGGUGGCAGAACUUGUCAUCUUACCCUGGAGACCUCAACUCUGUCAUCCUGCAGCUCGCUCCCUUUGUCAACUACCAGUUCAGGGUCAUCGCCAUCAACUCGGUAGGUCAGAGUGAUCCCAGCCGCCCCUCGCCCCGGUACAAGACAACUGGAGCUGCACCAGAUGCCAUUCCCAAAGGCCUACGGGGUUGGGGGUCCAGAAAGGACAAUAUGGAGAUCACCUGGGAGCCUCUCCUUGAUCUGGAAAGAAAUGGUCCAAACCUGCACUACAUUGUGUGGUGGAGACGAAAAGACGUUGAGGAGGAGUGGAAUAACGUGACCACAUUGGGGGCCAAACAUGUGGUCCACAAUACAGAAAUCUAUGUGCCUUAUGAGAUCAAAAUCCAGGCCAGGAAUGAGUUUGGAGCAGGACCAGAGUCUAACAUGGUGAUUGGAUACUCUGGAGAAGACAAGCCCACUGAUGCUCCCACUGACCUGCGGGUAUCAAAGGUUGACAGCACCAAAGUUAUCAUCCACUGGAACCCUGUGGACCUGAACUCUGUCCAGGGAGAGUUCAAGGAGUAUAGAUUAUACUACUGGCGUGAGUCUAGUCAGGUUCCAGGUCUGGUGGUCAUUAAGGACAAGAAGAUCAAAGGUUUUUAUAGCACUACGGUCAAACCAUCAGGCAUGCUCAGUGACCUGGUGCCGUACUCUAACUACAAGAUGUUCAUGGUUGUGGCCAACAAUCGCUUUGAGAGUCAACCCAGCAACACUGUGGAAUUUACCACCAAAGAAGGAGUUCCAGACGCUCCAAGGUUCUUCAAGAUUAAUCGCAGAAGUUUGGACACGAUCCACUUGGAAUGGGCUAAACCUCUGGAGCCCAAUGGCAUUCUGACUGGAUACCAGCUCAAGUACCAAACAGUCAACGGUUCCAAGGUGGGUCCUUUCCAGCUGGAGACGUUCUUUCCUAAUGUGACAGAGUUUUUCCUUCGCGUGCCGGACCGUUCCUCCCGCUACAAGUUCUUCCUGUCAGCACUGACUCAGGUGGGAAAGGGGGAGGACUAUGCUGAGGAGUCUCCACACUUCACUAAUGAAGAAAACUUUACUGACACGACAGAUCUAGUCGAGCUUACCGACUCCUUUGUGGCUUCUGGUUUCACUCCUACUCCUACUCCUUUUGGUUAUCCUUCUCCUACUACCAUUUCUCCUACAACCAUUAGUACCUCAACUACUCCCACUCCUACAACUACGACUUCAACCACUACUAUUGCCACCACUUCUACUACUGAGGCAACCACUACCAUCCUUCCAAUGCUGUUCACCACCAAGCGUAUUGACCAGAAUGUGUUGGUGGACUCUGGGCGAGAGAUCUGGAAUUUGACGGUGGAGCCUAACAGUAACUACGCUAACGUCAGCUGGACACACAACUUCCCGCCCGGCAGCAGCGAUUUUGUACUAGAGUUCAUUCUAAACAGUAACAACACGAAGAAAGAUGUAAAGAGUCAACAGCCCCCCAUUAUUGUGGUGGAUCUCAUCCCAGGCGUCGUGUAUCACCUGAGAGUUUACUCCCAUCUAUUCAACAAUGUCAGCAGCAAACAAGUCACCUUUAAGACCAAAGCAGCCUACAUAGACCAGGUAGACAUAGCCACGCAGGGCUGGUUCAUCGGAUUGAUGUGCGCCAUCGCCCUUAUCAUCCUGAUCCUCCUCAUCGUCUGUUUCAUCAAGCGGAGUCGUGGAGGAAAGUACCCAGGUGGUGGCUACAUGAGCUGUUUCACAAAAGCUCUGGUGCGAGAUAAAAAAGAUCUCCCCUUGGACGCAGUGGAUCAAAAAGACCAGGAUGGAUCCUUUGAUUACCAAAAUGGGUCAUCUGUCCCUGACAGGAACGAAAACGAGAACAGCAGUGACGAGGACAACAAGCCUCUGCAGGGCAGCCAGACUUCACUGGAUGGCAACGUAAAGGAAAGUGAUGACAGUCUGGUGGACUAUGGCGAGGGAGGAGACGGGCAGUUCAACGAAGACGGUUCUUUCAUCGGCCAAUAUACAGUGAAGAAGGACAAGGAUGAGACGGAGGGCAACGAGAGCUCCGAGGCCACUUCACCUGUGAAUGCCAUCUACUCGCUGGGAUAGCGGCUCAACAGCGCACGCGGGGAACUUGGGCACACCCUCUGAUUUGUUAUGAUAGAACCAGACACAUAUACCAACACACAUGAUUCUGAGUAUAUGAAACACAUUACACACAGUGAAAGCAGCAGUGGCGCCAGUCUGGAGACUGUCUAGGCUCUCCUCUGCAGGUAACGUGGAAAAAGAUGCGACCACAAGCCUUUAAUUUAUUUUUCCAGUUCUAACAAUAUGGUCCAUGGACACAUCUGGAGAAAGUGGACAAUGCUCGUUUUCCUUUGUGCUCUGCCUGCCCUUUACCCACACAGACUUGAAGUGUGCCUUCGGGAGGCAUCAAACAUGCUUUAGAGAUUUUUUGGUUUGUGACUCAGCUCUGCUUCCCGAUAACCUCCCCUGUGCCCGGCAUACCUCUGCGUAACCAAGUAAAGUAGUCACAGAGGUUAAAUAUACAUACACACUCUGGCCACAUCCUGUAACAUAUCAGCUUCUAACCAUAGGAUGCCGGCAGAUAUGUUUAUCAUAUUGAUAUUUAGGCAAUGAAAGAUUUUAGUUUUUCCACAGCUGAUAGAGGAGUCCGUGAAACUUAACGAAUGCUGUAUAAAGUCCUGGCACACAUUUUAGUGCCCUGCAAAUCUAUGCACUAUCACCUCCAUACCCUUUUUGGUUCCAUCUGGUUAGUAAAAGUACACAUUGUGGGCUUCUUUUUAGCAGACUCAGUUCCAAGGUGGUUUGCCUUGACCUUUGUUGCAGGCAUGCAUCUGUUUCCUCUUAUCCUGUGUUGCAGCUGUUCAAAAUGCUUUUCCUGGGAAAAGCCGUUUCAUGCUUUGAGCUCAGUUACUGUCACGAUCCUGGGUCCUUUUGACCCAGCGUUUUGUGUUUUCUACCAGUGUCAUUUUGGUUCUGUUCUUCCUCCGGUUUAGUGUUGUUCUGUUCUGCCGUCUACCCCUGUGUUAAGUCCGCGUUGCUAGUCUGUGUCUUUGUGUGUAUGUGUUUCCUGUUUUAUUGUGACGGUCUGUGUCUUAUCUCAGUGUGUUCAGUUUACUCUUCCCCUGUCUCGUCAGGUCUGAUUACUCCCAGCUGUGCCCUCCUUUUGUGUCUCAUUCCCUCGUUAUCCUUCUGUGUAUUUAAACCUCGUGUCUGCCUCUGUUAGUUGCUGUUUCGUCUGUGUUAUUCCCCUCCAUUUUCCUGCGUAUUCUGGCCGCAUUAUUCUCCCUGCAUCUCCGUUUCAUGUUUCAAGGUUUCAGGUUUGUUUUUUGCUUAGCUUUUCCCAGUUUAGUUCAUUCUUAGGUUUUGGGUUUUCGCCCACCUCUUCUCCGUUUGUGUCAUCCUUUGGUUAUUAAAGCUCGCUCACCACUUAAGCAGUCUGCAUCUUGGGUCCUUAUCUACACUCCACACGUCUGCCACAUCGGACGUGACAGCUACAGUAUGUGGUUAAUUAAACCCAACGUUGUUCUGAAGCAUGGUAAUAAACUUAGGUUUGCUCAAGAAACACCAGCGCACUAAAAAACCAGUGAAUUCCCUAUUAAGCAUGUGGGCUUGUGCUACAUUCAUGUCUAGCUGACAGGGUUCGAUGGCAGUGAUUCCCAUAUUAGUGUGGGAAUCAUUGCCAUCGUGUUGUUGGAAUGUGGGAAAAACUGCAAAAGGGAGAAGUUUGAAUUCAGUGUCUCCUGCUGUGAACGUAAUCGUGAAAGACAUUGGAAAUUUUUAAGUCCAGUCUGCUAUCCAAAGACAGUUUAGUCUGUGAACUCGAGGAGGUAUGCCAACCUCUCAAUUAUUGGAUGACCUCAUCAAAGCACAAGAUGACUGGUCAGUCACAGUCCUGGAUCAGUAUUCUUCUAAUAUUGCAGGACAACAGACAAACCUUCUUUGCAUCUGUGAGGCUCCUUAAUUCUGUUGACUUUGUUAAAGAGUUACAUCCAAUCAGGUAAACUGGCAGUUUUGAAAGUGUGUUUUAUAACCAGGCCAAAUGUAUGGUGGACACACAGGGACAUAUUUCAACUGAAAGAAAAUAUUCUUCUACCCCUCUUUAGCACUGCAGGUAUCUUCAUUUUGUCAUCUGGGUCAUGAAUGUAGCACCAGAAGUCAUGAUCCAUAAGCCGUGUCCACAGUAAACUUUGUGCGUUCAGCUUCACUCAGGCUGUGCAGACAUUAGUACCACACACUGUAUACAAUGACCUCCAGUACUCACUGUUAUUGGAACAGCCACAGAUGUGUUGCUCUGAAAGAGUCCAAUUAUUUUACUUUAUUGCCUUGAGGUGCUGUAUAUUGCAAGGUACAACAUCGGAGAGCGAAGCCCAACAAUCACAUGAUGUAGAUAAGGUACAUCCUAAUCAGUGAGGUAAGUGCACUGCACUCUGUGAGUUUAGCCUGAACCCACCUUCACAGAGGGACCACGGCCUCUUUGGUUCUUUGAAUCUUUACAAACUCCAAAAAGACAUGAUUACAAAACACUGUUACGUGAUACAAAUGAUCUAUAGAACGAAAGGUACAAUUCACAGCCACACUUAAAAAUAAAAGUUAUUCGCUUCAUUUGACAUUUUUGCCUGAGUAGCAGAUCCAUCCUGUUGUAAGACUCACUGGCCUUAAGUUGCUAUAAAGGUUCACCAAACAGUUGUUGGCACUCAUGCUGUAGUUACUGAAGCUACUAUUAAACCCAUGAGUGCUACAUCAAACAGGCUGACAUUUGGAAUAUUUAUUUGUUAUUUAUUACAUGAUGUGGAUAGCAUUAAUAUAUUAGUUCUUAAUUUAAUUCACUUCAUUUUUAUGUACAACUGAGCCAAACUACCGAUGGCUACAGAAUAAAAUUAUUGUUCAUCAUGAGAGGCAUCAACACACAACUGUAUGUUCAAGAUAUUUUUCUAGCAGCUGCAUUUUCUGCUGUAACUGAUACACAAAAAUAUAUCUGUCAAAGACGUCACGUCUCUGUCCAUUCUUAUACUCGUGUUGUAUCACUGUUACUCUGUGUUGCUGUUCAGACUUAAGUUGCAUAACCUUUCCAUCAUUCUGAGAAUGAAUUGAUGUGUUUUCAUUAUUUCAUUAUUUGGUAUUUAUUUUGUACAUCAGAGUCCUGAAAGAAAAUCCUACCUUUGUAAAUACUGAAGACUGACCCCCACCCGCCCAAUGAGAGUCACAAAUCUGCAUCCACCAAGCAGCUGUAGUGGUGCAGUCUGCCAGUCUGUCAUACACCUUUGUUAUGUAGCUUUGAUUAAUCUUUGCACUCUGAGGAGAAAUCAUCCCUUUGCAUUGACAUUGUCAUAUAUGGACUGUGGCAAGCCUUCUCGGGUGUGCUGAUGGCUUGGUUUGUGUGUUCUGAAAGAGAAAUAUGUGUGAUUCUAUUGUGUACAAAGUAACAGCUCCUGCAGUGUACUACCUGAGUUACACAAACUACUAAAAGACCUGAGAACAUGAAUUUCCUGAGGUCCCCUCCUUUUCUUGAAUAGAGGCUGGAUACACAGGCAUGACAUGUGUCUCAUUACAGGGGUCAACAACUUUGACCCCUGUAAUGUAUUCCACUUUGUUUGUUGGUCUUUGUUCCCCAUUACAACUCUUCUCAGGUGCUCUUUGUCAACUUGUAAACCUACAUAUCCACAAAAACCUUGGUAAAAACUCUUAAACUAGGGAAAAUCAUUCAUUUUCUGAACUUCCUCUUUCUUAAUGUGUCCUAGUGUGAGACUGCCAAUAAACUGUAGCCCCAAACCUGACAUAUGUUUCAAACAAUCCACAGCAAAUAGGUACAAUGUGAUGUCAGACCACCUUGUGUUUAAAAUAAAUACAUCAAAAAUAAAACUUUCAGAUCAUUCCCGGCCUAUAAUCCUCAGCCGAUAAACUUACACUGCAGAAUGAAAAUGUUUUACUAGUUUUAUCUCAUUCUCUGUAACAAAGACCAAAGGGAUAUUUUUUAUGAUGAUAUGUAAUCAACACUAAGCAUUUGGUAAAACUAACAUUUAAAUGGUGUGUUUUUUUCUGUCUAGAAUUCGUUGACAGGUCUCUCUCGAACACUGUACAGAUGAACCUUUGGCAGUGUUAAUACAAUGGCAUUAGUAGCAAGUAAACACAGGUGAGCACAGGUGAGCUACUCUAUAAUCUUACCUUCAAAAUGUUCUAAAUUCACUGCAGGACUUUAAUCGUCCUGAAGUUUGGACGAGCUGCCUUAUUGCCUCGCCAACCUCGCCUGCUAAUGGUUCCAGUCUUGUAUAAAAAGGCAACCCUUUCUAAUUCCGUCUGUUUGAUUUGUUAAAGCAAACUCAAUUCUUCAUGUGUACACUAAAGGACACGUGAAGGACACUAAAGGAGUAAAACUCCUCAAUCAUUUCAUGCAAUGGGAAACCCUUUAAUCUUCUCAGUGCGUUCAUUGUGAGAUGUUUGCAUGCAUACUGUAUGCAAAAAUACUGAAUGAGACUAGACAACCACAAAGCGAGGCGGAUCAGCAUCCACAUCUAUUGUAGUUAAAGUAUCUGAAUUUCAGGAGUUAUUCGGUUAUUUGCUUCCUACAGUGGGUUUAGAAGUUAACUCAGAUCACCUGUUGCUAAAGUCUGCAGAGGAGAAAGCCACUUUAUUUAUGGUAGACCUUGUGAAUCCAAAGUGAAAUUUGAGUAUGAGCAUCUCUAAAACAGAGCCCAGUAGUUUCCUUGUCAUUGAUGAUCUUAUAUUUCUCACUCCUUUCAAGACAAACCUCUUGCUUGACAGUACGUCCCAGUCAUCUGUCCUCUCUCCUGAAUGUUAAAGCAGUGUCCUCUGAGUUUUAAUCAGCAGGAUGAUUCAUCCCAUGCUGUACUUUUGCACCAACUAUAAUGUGUUGACUAGCAGGACACUGCUUGUGAAACAGACGCAGACAGUGAGACAGAGCACUGAAAGAGCAAUAUUUGGUUGAAGAACAGGUCUGAAUUUUAUCACUGGAACUUUGCUAAAAAUCAUCACACACACCACUCCUUACUCGCUCUGCUGCUGCCCAUCCACCAACCUCCACUGGUGGAUCACAACAGGGAUGCUGGCAACAUAAAGAAACAAAGGUAUACAAAGCUUCGUGUGUGUCUACACAUCAGUUUAUGGUGCACAAAGACCAAGCUUCUUUCUCUUCACUCUUCACAUUAUCUUAGCUCACCUUUAACUGGGGAUGAAAAUAGUCAAUGUGCAGUUUUACAGCCUUUGCUUUUCCUUCAGUUUAAAAUGCUGCAAAGUGUCAGAACUUACUGGUGCACAUUUCCAGCUGGAUUUUUCACGACUGCGUCAUAUUGGCAUCUUCUUGUUUUUACCAUGUGUAUCAGAGCAGUGUGUUAACACCUUGCUUCUACAUGCAGCAUAACAGCUUUUGUAAGGUACAUCUACUCUACAGGAAAUGGCUUAAAUAUAUUCACCAUGUAUGCGUGUAUGAUGACAUGUUGCAACUUCUGCUAGUGGCGCCUUCUUUAUAGUAAAGCUAUCUCCUUUUCUCUA